AAUUAAUCUCUAUGCUUCUCUCUCUGCAAUUACUCUUUGAGAGCAUCUCUCUCUAGAAUAUUGAGUAUUGCUGACUUGAGCGUUGGAGUGUUUUCCCCGAGGAAACAUCCUCGGGAUUUUCAGGUGUAGAAGCAGCUAAGGACUUCAACAGUGUUGGAUCGCGAAGCUGCCGAAACAGUUUGUUACUCAAUUUGCAGUUUGAGGAGAAAGCUUGAUAAGAAAGAGUUGUCUUUUUUGAAGAAUUUAAUAUAAAGUUCAUUGGAAUUAUUGAACUUUUCUCAGAAAUUUGUUGUACUAUUGAAAGAAAAAUUAAAUCGCCUUCGAAGAUCAAGUGUUUUCUGAAGUUCAACAACAACAGGUUAGUUAAGAGGAUGCAACAGAGGCCAUAAACCGGUAAGUAUACUCCUUGUUCUUUAUCAUAUUUUUGUUUCUCUAUUUGUUAGUUUCAAGUCCAUUGCUGCAUUUGAUUGAGAUUAAUACGUGUCAAUACCAGUUUUUGCCACUUAUUAUUUUUAUUUUUUGUCAUAACGCUACUGUCAUGUCUUUUUUUGUUUCAUAAUGGCCUUCGGUUGCUGCAUUUGUUUAAGAAUAUAUGUUAAUACCAGUUUUCUCCACUUAUUAUUUUUAUUUUUUGUCAUGACCUUGCUGCCAUGUCUUUUUUUGUUUCGUAAUGGCCUUCGGUUGCUUCACUGGCCGGAGCAAAAUUUAAGGUUCUGCUCUUGUCAGCGAAGCAACUUACCAAAGCAGAAAUUUAAUUUUUGAAACAAUUAUUAAGCAAUUUUUAUAUUACGUGUUCAUUGUCGGUAAAAGUAAAAUUUUUGCAAAAUCAUCUUUUAAUGCUCUUGCAAGUGUCACUUUAAUUUGUAUUUAUCAGUUUUUUAAUUCAAACUCAUAUUAUGACCCAAAAAAAGAUAUGGUAAAGUAUUGGGCUUCUCUUGUGGUUGGUUUCGGUGAAUAAUGGAGUAAUUUAAUAAAUUAAACAAAUCACAGCAAGUAAAAACGAAUAAGUAAUUCCAUUACAAGUUUAAAGGGUACAUUUGUAAAUUUAAAAUUAAUUUAAAUCAUUCCCUUCCUUCUCUUCUUUUUACUUUAAUUAUCCAAACAUAAAAUAAUACAAUCCUUCCCUUCCCUUUCCUUUUUUCAUUUUUAUUUAUCCAAAUAAAAUUAACACAAAUCA